AUGAACCGGAGCUGGGUCCCAGGUCACGGUGCCGACGACGCGCGAGCGGAAGCAUAUUCAAGCAGUGCGUACCGGAGCGCCCAGGCGGCCAAGCGAGCGCAGACCCUCCUCUCCAGGUACAAGAUUCCUGGCCCUUCUGAUAAGACGACAAGGUCUACCUUCCGCCACCAUGACGAUGCCACUGCCCCUGCAAACCCCCUUGCAGCAGAACCUAUUUGGCCUCAGCUUUAUGCGCAACGACCAACCCAGAGGAGACCCCAGACAAAGCGGGGCCGCAACUUGGAAGAUGUCAGGAGAGGAUUUGAUCCCGCUUCCAGUCCACGGUUGAAGGACUUGGCUUAUGAAGACGGAAACGGUUCUUCGCCGAUGUCUACACUUUCGGGGGUGUCGCAUGCCGGCACCGACUCCCCCACCGAAAGCUCGAAAGCGAAUCACAGGUAUGGGUCAGCAUCUGGGUUUGCGCCCAAACCUCCGGAGGAACCGAUGAACAGUGCGAGAAAGCGGGGCCGACCCGUUAGGACGCUUGACGCAAAAAAGAACGGUUUGGGGGGUGAUUCGCACGGCAGGAGGGACCCCCUAGCGGAGUUUGCGGAGAGAGCAGCGGCAAAGGAAGCGUCGACAAGAGUCGCUGAUCGUGGAGCUGGGGGGAGUGACGUCAUGAGGGACAGCAUCCAAGCUGCCGGGUCGAGGCUCGGGCUGAAGAUCAUGAUGGCGGACGAGCUGGGUGACGUCAGCGGUGACGACUUUGCGGGAGGCCCUGUGGCGAGCGACGUCGACAUGCAGAACGUGGGGUUGAGAGAACCGUCGAGCGAGGAGGAACUGAACGAGGCCCGGCGAAAGCUGGACUUUGGAAACGUGGGAGGGUCUCCAGAGGUCUAUGAAGGGCGGUCCAGCCAAUCGAGGCAGUCUGAAAGAAGUGGGGGGGAUCUUUUUGGGGAGAGGAAAUCUCCGAGGAAGUUUUUGAAUUUUGGAAGGGAAGAGCAAGAAGGUGGAAAGGAGAUGCUUGGAGCAACGGAUAAUUGGAAUGGGGCCACUCGAGAAAAGGCAAUUGGAGGAGCGGAAACAGCGUGGGUCCGAGACCGAAGAAAGAAAGCGGGUGAGUCGGACGUCAGUCCAACUGGAGACAUGCGGAAAGAGUCGUCAGCAAUGUGGAAUUCAAGGGACUCCGCAACACCGCCUCGGCAAAAACGAGGGGACGUUUCUGCUCCAGUUUUCAAGGGGGUGAAAAGGAGCAGCGGGCCAGACGUCGAGUUGAAGUCUUCGAAGGAGCGGAUCAUGCUCGCGGACAGCUUGGAGCUUGAGGCGGCUGACGUCAGCACCAGCGCGUCUUACGGCGGUACAGGCGAGACUGACGUCAGCCUCUCGGAGCCCUCCAAAGAGCGCAUGGAAAGUGGUUCUGGCCCAGGCGACUGGAAGCCGUCAGACGGCGGGCGUCCAUUGCUGCAAGGGCCAUCUGGCGGCACGGGGUUGCGACACGUGUCACCCUUGCGCCUGUUCGCUGACGAAGGCGAGAGCGACCGAGAGGUGACGCCUCGUCAGCAUUACGUCAAAAUGGCGGACAGCGACCAGGAGAGCCAAUUGGGCGAGGGGGGGGAAGAAAAGACGGUUGAAAAGACGGGGGUGAACGAAGGUCGGAGCACGAGAUUUGUUUCAGGGGGGCACUUUGUGUCUACCAACGGAGGGGGGGAAAGCGGGGCAACGGGGUCACGACAGUGGGGGAAUGCUGGGAAACAAUCGAGUGAGGGAAGCCUGAGGCGAGAAUUGAAUCAUUCUUGGGAGAGCAAAAGCGCAGAUGAGCUUUCAGAUUUUGAGGAACAUUCGGCGGAUGGGCAUACGAGCAAGGGGCCACUGUCCCGUGCUUCAGAACCAGCCACUUUUCAAACGGGAUCAGUCGGAAACAAGGUCGAAACUAGAGCUGCGGUAAAUCGAUCUCAAUCAGCGGAGAGAGGACCGGUCUUGAGUUUCUCGGCGGGCGGCCAGCGGAUCAUGCUGGCCUCCUAUCUGUUGGAUCAGUUGGAUGACGUAGAAGCGACUUCGCUGGAGGGAGUCAUAGAGGAGCCAUCUAAAGAGUCGGAAAGCGGGAGUGGGUAUGAGAAUACCCCGGAAGAAGCGGAAGGGUCCGCUUCAAGACGGUUUCCGGCAAAAUCAACUUACGUGGGGUCCACAGAGGAAAUUUCUUUUCGAGCGGAACCGACGUCCGGCGAAGUAGAGAUGAACGAAAAUUGGACGAGACGUACGUCUGGCGAACUAGAGGCGGAGGGAACUUGGACGCAAGGGUCGUCCCGCACUGGGGCCCUGGGAGAUGCUCGGAAGGUUACCGAGUACGAUGAGGAUUUCGAAGAGAUUGCUGACGAAGUUGCUGACGUGGACGAGGAAGACGAGGGAACGCCGAGCGUCAAAAGGGUGCUUGAAAGCGAUCCGCCGUGGGAAAAGAGAACGGAAGCGCGGGUUAACGGAACGGAAAGAUGGGCUGGCGAGAGGAAUCACCUGGGCCGACUAGUGACAAAAGGGAGUGGGUGGGACAGAGCGGAAAGGGAGAGAGUUGAACAAGACGGAGCGCAGUAUGGCGGAAGCGAGUCGAGGGGAACGGAUUUUACAGGGGCCGAAACGGAAGAGGGGGAAAGGAACGGAACGACGCCCGGUAUUACAACGGAAACCGAAGGUUUUGGGAACAUCUUGUUCGCAAGUAAAGACGCGUGCAGAAACUGUGGCCGGGGCCCCCAAACCGGGCACAAUCUAAGCGGUUUGUCGACAGGUUUGGAGAUUGGGGGAUGUCUGCCGGUGAUCCCAGAAAAGAAGGCCUCGUCCAGUAUCGCGGUCCAAGUGGGCACUCUGAACAACAAGGGUACGCAGGUCGAGUUCGACGAAGAACGGGGCCUUCUGUGGGAGGGAACGACGUCCUUGGGCCUGAGUUCGGAGCCAGUUGGGCUCCUGGACCGCGCGCGCGCGAACGCGCCAGCCACCGCGGCCGCGCCUGCGGGUGUGUAUGCGGGCGAGGAAGCGAGCGCGCGCGCGUACGGCGACGUGGAGCCACCAGUGCGGGAGCCGCGGCCGCCCGCGAAGUGGUUGACGGUGCAUCGUUCCGCUGCGGACGAUCUAGCUGCGCUCGCGAUGAUUGACCUUUUCCGGCGACACUUGGAAACCAUCGGAAGCCGCUGCAAGCGGCUCGGCUUUCCCGCCUCCACUCUGGGGGUACAUGCACACCGACCUUUCGUUUCUGGUCGGACGGACAGAAGGGUCGAGGUGCUUUGA